GCCAAAUCAUUCCUGUUCUUGCCCAAGCAGGAGCCGAUGUUAAUGCAAGGCGAAGUGACAUGUACACUUCGCUACACAUAGCCGCACACUGGGGAUUUACGCCAUGCAUAACUGCCCUAGUUGCUGCUAAAGCAAAUCUUAAUGUGAGGGGCAAGUCUGGAUGGGCUCCAAUACACAUAGCUGCAGAGAAGAAUCAGUGCCAAAUCAUUCCUGUUCUUGCCCAAGCAGGAGCAGAUGUAAAUAUAAGACGAGAUGAUGGUUGGACUGCUUUACGCAUUGCAAAACAUUGGUCUUAUUCUGAAUGUAUCACUUCCCUUGUGGCUGCAAAAGCGAUUGAGUAACUUUUGUUUGUAACAAUUUCUUGUCACUUAACCACUUAACCAUGUUUAUAUAAUUUGAAAACUUUUCAGUGAGAAUCACAUAUUGUGUGCCUUGUUAUUUCUUUGAAGUAAAAGUGUAUGAGGUAAUAUUAAAGGUAUCUUGGCAUGUCGGUUGUGAACACGAUUUUCAUUUUUAUUUAUAUUUAAUAUAAAUAGUCCCUGAUCUUAAAAUGACCAAAUAGUUUGAUACAUAUUUUUCAACUAUUUAUUUUGACAUUUCGACCCUUUUGGGGGGUCAGUUAACGUUUCUUCUCUUUAAUGUAGUACUACUGAUUAUAUGAAUGUAUGCAUUAUUACAUGUGAGUUUGAUUCAAUGUACUUAUGUAAGAGUAUGU